UUUUAUUCUGCAUUAUCCAUUUAUUAGCUCAAGUUUUUCAGAACCAUUAAUUAAACAGAAAUGGAGAGCGAGUUGGUGAAACGCAGAAUUCAUACAAUCACAGCUCACUUUACUUCCACAGACGAUAAUGAGAUUUCACCAAGCCACCUUCUUCCCAUGAAUUGCAGUGGUAGUGUGAAUUCCAUGUUUAGGAGACAUGGCAAUAACAUAUAUUUUGCAAGCCAAGCAUCUUCUGCCUAUGGCUAUUGUAUGAGGCACACAUCACUUAAAAAGGGUGGCUCAACAUCUUUUGUCGCUCCAAAAACCAAUGGUGCUAAAUGUGAUGCUCCUCCUAAUUAUGGAAAACCACCAUGUUUUGCAAGACCUACAGGGAAUGAAUCAAUAGUUUCGAAUUCAGUUGCGCAAUCAAUGACUAAAGCGCAAGGCCAUGAUUUCGAUGCAUAUGGGCCACCUACAUUUGCUAGGCCAAGCAAACAGACUAAACCAGGAGAGCAGUUAAAUAAUGACAAAAGAAUACACAAUUCUGAAAUUGGUGUUGAGUGGUCACCUAGAUUGGAUGUUGCAAAAUCAAAAGGUAAUUAUGUUAUCAGGGUGGAAGUUCCUGGUGCGAGUGUUGAUGACAUAAGAGUGGAGGUUGAUGAUCAAAAGUUAUCUAUCAAAGGUAGACGCUCUAGUAGUUCUUGGAAAGUAGCAGGUUGUCCAAAUGGUUGUGCAGUUUCUUCAUAUCUUAAGAGAGAGAUACCAUAUGGACCAUUUGAGGUUGUGUGGCCACUUCCUAUUGGUGUGAACAAGGACAAUAUCUCAGCUGAAUUUUUGGAUGGAUUUCUACAAAUUAUAGUUCCUAAAGUUUGAAGCUCAGUAAUAUUGAUCAUAUACAUGUAUACAUAUAUAAUAUAUAAUGUAAGUAAUAAUGAACAAAUCCUCCAUCCAUGUAUGUAUAAGUACAAAGUGAAUCAUAUAAUUAAUGUGAGAGUGGAAUAUUAGAAAUAAAGCAACCAAAUAAGUUAUCCA